AUGGCCACUGUUGCAAAUGUUUUGCAUUACCAAGUAUUAUGGACAUCCGACAAGGUAAAGAAAGCAAAAGUAUGGAAAGAUGGGACUAUGCGGUUUCAUACAUUCAACAAUCAUGGGAUUUUAUAUGAUUCAGAAAAUCGUGUCGUAGAUGAAGCUUUUGUAUUUAAUCAGAAAAUUAAAGUCGAUGCUCAUCUGGAGUUGAAUCGUACAUUAAUUUAUGUUGAGGACUUGCAAGCAACAACGUCAAAGGAAAUCCCUCCGCUCCCAUCCAAAUUAAAUGCCUCCACCCGUCCUUUGUAUUUGACAAAACCUUUCCAGGCGCCCUCUCGUUCUUCUUCUGUCAAUUCAUCAUAUCAACAACCUUCCUUUGUCAAGUCCUCGAAUGAAGCAGGUCAAUCUCGGUCUCGUAAUGAAGAAUCUUCUUCUCUUCAAGAGCAUAAGGCUUCCGUUUCCUCGCUUUCGUCUCCUAAACACUAUUUACAUGGCUAUAAAGGUGCUGAGAACGAUAUACCGACAGUCGCAUCAAAUAGCGGCUUGCCUUCAGUGUCUUCCACUUUGGGGACUAUUUCCUCUGAGAAACCUUAUGCCUCACAACCCAAACCGUCACGUAACCCUACAUCAUUCAAACCACCUUUCAAAAGUAAUAUGACUACCGAUAUCGUCUCUCCUGACUCUUUCAAAUCUCAGGUUUCUAAACCAACCAGGGUUGCAUGUAUUCCUGUUCUUCGAAGACCCAAAUCUCCUUCCAAUAUUCUCCAAAUUGACCCGUUGGAAAACUUUGAUGAAGAUAAUAUUGAUUCUGACUUUUUUUCUUCUCCUUCUCCAGAUUAUGAAUCUACUCCUCCAUUUCUUAGUGAACCAAUGGAUGCUGGUCAUCCGUUGGGUAACUCUAAUCCAUUUUUAUCUUCAUCUUUGUCGGAACCAAUGUUGACCAGUUCGGGAUCUGCUUCUGGAGCAACGCUACCUCCAUGCGAUAGGAAGACCGAUGGAUCCCCUUCCCUUGAAAAGUCUCGUUCCUUUCCUUCUUUGGAAAUAUCCAACAAUAGAAAUGAUUCUCAUAAUUCAUCGGUAAAGAAGAGUCCCUUAUCUCGGUUGCCUAUGCCGCGUUUACGAAGACCGGUUGGAAAACGAAGUAAUUUUAGUAAUGUUACAAUUACGGAUCCUUCUAAAAAUCUUUACGAGCGAGCCAUGCAAAGUACAUCAAUGUUGGCUGCUCAACCGAGUUUACCUGAAAGUACAGAUCCUGAAAUACCAAACUCUCCAGAAUUUUUAGAAAGCGACAAUGAAGAAGAUCCAAGCACUAAAACCAUGAACUUAAAAAACAAUGAAGCAGUUUCCCCUAUUACUUUGCCAAAUAAUAAGACAUUUAAGCCCGCAACUUUUCGACCCCCUUCUUUUGUUUCAAAGCCAAAUCUUACAAAUGAUGUUCCAAUUUCGGAUACCAUGGAUCGGUAUAACUCGCCUAAUUCUGCUCCAAAAUAUGGGAAUUCUUUAGUGAAGCCGGUUACUCAGUUGCAUUCUGCUUUGACAAAACCUUCAGGACCCUCUCUUCGAACGGGAAUGCUCGUUUAUGGAAAAUACUCAAAGCGGUUUAAUGAUUCAAAAGGUAAGGAAAAAGUUGAGACUUCGUCGAAAGAUUUCUCUUCAUUAACAUUACCAACCACACGAAAAACUACAGACAAAUCGUUUUCGGCACCAUCAUUUCCUAAUGCAGGAAAGUUUGUUUCCCCUGUACAAAGCAAAUCGCUAGAUAAGGCUACUUCUCCAAAUUUUACUGAUCCUAAUACAACCUACUCUAAAACUUUAUCGCAAACUACAGGACGAUCAAAAGUCGUGGAUUCAAUAGCAACGCUUGCAGAGAAAAGUAAGGACGACAAAACCUUGUCUUUUUCUCCAUCCCCAUCUUCACGAAGAGAAAUUCCUACCGGUACUGUGCGUAAACAUUACAAUUAUUCUCCCAUACAGCGGUUUUCUUCGGAAUGCAAUGAUUUACCGUUUGUCAAUUCCGUCGAUAUAUCCUCCACUGCUAGUAAAAUAAAAAGGGUAAAGCUAAGUAUGCUUCGAUUUAAAAACCACGAAUCAAAAGCAACGACAUUGAGUGUUGAAGAAGAAGAAAAGGAAUUUAUUUAG